AUGCACAAAGGUCGAUUGACGGGGAUCGGUGAGGGCGCUACAGUCCUCGCGCCCGAGUGUAAGAAGAGUUGUCCUGUUGUCCGCAUGGGUAAACUCUGCAUUGAAGUCACCCCACAAAGUAAAAUAGUUUUGAUCUCUGAGGGUCUUUGCAUAGGCUGUGGAAUCUGCAUCAAAAAAUGUCCGUUUGGGGCGUUGUCCAUUGUGAAUUUGCCGAGUAACCUGGAGAAGGAAACCACUCACAGAUACUGCGCAAACUCGUUCAAACUGCACCGGCUGCCCAUUCCACGGCCGGGCGAAGUACUGGGACUUGUCGGGACCAAUGGAAUCGGAAAAUCCACAGCUUUGAAGAUCCUGGCGGGAAAACAGAAACCCAACCUGGGCCGCUUUGAUAACCCACCAGAUUGGCAAGAGAUCCUGACUUAUUUCCGAGGGUCGGAGCUGCAAAACUAUUUCACUAAAAUCCUGGAGGACGACCUUAGAGCCAUUGUGAAGCCGCAAUAUGUGGACCAGAUCCCAAAGACCGUCAAGGGGUCAGUUGGAUCCAUACUGAGCAGAAAGGACGACACAGAAACGCAGACUAUAAUUUGUGACCAACUGGACCUGAGUCACUUGAGGGAGAGGAAUGUGGAAGACCUGUCGGGAGGAGAGCUGCAGAGAUUCGCCUGCGCUGUCGUGUGCAUCCAGAGAGCCGACAUCUUUAUGUUUGACGAGCCGUCCAGUUAUUUGGACGUGAAACAGAGGCUGAAGGCUGCUAUCACCAUCCGCUCUCUCAUCACCCCUGACAGAUACAUCAUUGUGGUGGAGCACGACCUGAGUGUGUUGGAUUAUCUAUCUGACUUCAUCUGCUGCUUGUAUGGAGUGCCCAGUGCGUAUGGAGUGGUGACCAUGCCCUUCAGCGUCAGGGAAGGCAUCAACAUUUUCCUGGACGGUUACGUUCCCACAGAAAACUUGAGGUUCAGGGAAACGUCGCUGGUUUUCAAAGUGGCAGAAACGGCAAAUGAGGAGGAGGUGAAGCGGAUGCGGCACUACCUGUAUCCAGAGAUGAAGAAGACACUGGGAGAUUUCACUCUGGAGAUCCGAGAGGGAGAGUUCACCGACUCUGAGAUCAUGGUGAUGCUGGGAGAAAACGGCACAGGAAAAACCACUUUCAUCAAGAUGUUGGCCGGAGGACUCAAAUCAGACGAAGGAGGCGACGUCCCUAUUCUUAACGUCAGCUACAAGCCACAGACCAUCAGCCCCAAAUUCAAAGGCAGCGUUCGGGCUUUGCUCCAUGACAAAAUCCGAGACGCCUACACGCACCCGCAGUUCAUCACAGACGUCAUGAAGCCCAUGCAGAUAGAGAGCAUCAUCGACCAAGACGUGCAGAACUUGUCGGGAGGAGAGUUGCAGCGCGUUGCCCUCACUCUGUGUCUGGGGAAACCUGCUGAUGUUUAUCUGAUCGAUGAGCCGUCGGCGUAUCUGGACUCAGAGCAGCGUCUGAUGGCGGCACGUGUGAUCAAGAGGUACAUCCUUCACGCCAAGAAGACUGCGUUUGUGGUGGAGCACGACUUCAUCAUGGCCACGUACCUCGCCGACAGAGUCAUUGUGUUCGACGGCAUCCCCUCUAAAUACACUGCAGCCAACACGCCUCAGAGUCUCUUGGCCGGAAUGAACCGCUUCCUGUCGCUGCUGGAGAUCACCUUCAGGCGAGACCCCAACAACUUCAGGCCUCGAAUCAACAAACUAAACUCCAUCAAGGACACAGAGCAGAAAAAGAGCGGGAACUACUUCUUCCUGGACGACUGA